GGGGGUGUGCACAGCCAGGAAAAGGCCGAGUGGCUGGGAGGUGCAGUGGAGGAGUACUUCUUCCGCAAUGGCCAGUGUUCACCAAAAUGCAUGCUAUGGAAGCAUAGUUCUGUUAGAUGUUCAGUGAAGAAAAAACUUCUCCAGCCAAAUUAUCUUUCUGCAAUAGAUUCCUUUAAAACCGAGCAGGACAGUUAUUUCUCAAAAGCACAAUGUGAACACUGCAGUAGGUGAGAAAUUCAUGGGCAGGUUCUAAGCUGACUUGGAGCUAGAUGAGGUGGAGGACUUCCUAGGGGAGCUCAUGACCAACGAGUUUGAUACAGUUGUGGAGGAUGGGAGUCUGCCGCAGGUGAGCCAGCAGCUGCAGACCAUGUUCUACCACUUCCAGAGGGGGGAUGGGGCCACUAUGAAGGAGUUGGCCUCCCACAUCACCCAAAGAAAGCGCAGGGUUAGAGCCACUGCACUUUCGACAGACAGACAGACGGAUGAUGAUAAUGCGGACAGCGCGGACGAGAUGGAGGUCACAGCUACGAAUGAUGGGACAGCUAAUGGUGGGGUCUGCCCCCAGCCUGAACCCUCUGGUCCAGACCCCCAGACUAUUAAGGAAGAAGAUAUAGUGGAGGAUGGUUGGACCAUUGUCCGGAGAAAGAAAUGAGUGGGGCUGCCAAUGGUUUGGGCCCUUGUUUUAAGGAUUAUUUUGGAGGAUUGUGGAUCUUUGGACUGGUUAUCCCAUCUCCAUCCUCUCCCUAUUCCCCUGUCUAGCUCCCUCCAGGGGAAAGAAGAGCCCUAGGGUCCUUGGCCUUGGGGUGGUAGGACCUGGUUGACCACACCCCCUUGGGCCGUAAGUUAUUAUCUGAACGGAGAGGCCUGGUUUCCCAGCACAGUGCCUUGGGUGCAGUCAGUGUGAAGAGUAGGAUGAGUGGGUGUGGGUGCAGUUGGAAACGCUGAAUGCUGGUUGACAGUGGGCAGGUAGAUUUAUGAAGGGAGAGAGGACCAGCAGAACCAAUACUUCUGCUGGGUCAGGAACGGUGAGGUGAACAUGGCAGCUGGAAGAGAGUCAUUGACAAUGUGAACGGAAGUAGCUGUGUUACCUCUCCCACUUUUCUGCUGCCCGUAAACACACACACACACACACACACACAGCAGCUCAGCCCGCCCCAUCCUGCAGCCCAGCCUCCAGCCCUGGUUCCUUCAGGAAGUCUAAGACAUUGGCAAGGUGGUGAGCUUGGGGGACCUGGGCUUUGUUUUCUGUCUCCUGCAACCUCUUUCCAAACUCUUCAUCCAAUUCCAUCCAUGUCCAGGGAUGAGGCUUAAAAGACAAGAAUAAAUAACACCUUAACGUUGAA